AGAUGCAGGAAAACAAGCUUUGAUACAUCCAAACGUGGGUAGAGGUUGUGCUGGACUGAACAUUAUUUUUCUUUCUGUAAGUACAGAAACACACUGCAUAUACUGCUUGUAUGGAGAACUAGAAAAACUAGGUAACUGCAGCAAACACUUUGGUUACAGGUGUGACUAUGAACUUGCUUUCAUCUAUCCUGUUUCUUCUGCAGUCUUUGACCAUAACAGAAACUGUGUUUGAUUUCCCUUGGGGAUGGCUACUUUUCCGCAUGUCUUUGUACAAUACUAUCUUCAGUUUUUCUCCCUUUCUCUCCUUUAUAAUUCAAUUGAUUCUCAUUCCUCAUACUGUCUGAAAGGUGAGAAGACUAGAUACUCCCCAAAGCUUUCAUUCUUUACUGUCUGCUGCUAUUUUUGCUGACCACCUCCUUCAGCCCAGACUGCCGAGGUCUGAAAGCUCAUGUUGAGCCCAGUUACAAUGCAGUUUUUGCAUUGGUAAGCGAAGAAUUGGUGGUAUUGUCUGUUCUUCUGUUUUUGUUGUUUUAUUCUUCCCCCCCCAAAAUUGAAGUCUGCCUAAGCUUAAGGGGUUUGUUUAUCUGGGUUUGUCUUUUCUGCAUCCUUGUUUCAGGAAGGCAGCCCUGCUCUCCUUGGCCCACAGCAAGUUGUUUCUUUUUCUGCUCAGUGAUAUUUUUCCUUUCAGAGAAAACUGCCUUGUGUUUACCACUGGCAGAAAUGCUGCUCCCAUACAGGGAACAGGAGGAAUGCUAAUGGGUAGAUAAAUUCGAGCCGGGUGGAGGUUUUACCUGUUGAAGUUCCUUAGGAGACAGGUUGCUGUCAAAAUGUUCGCUGGUUAAUUUUAUGAUGCUAAGUUUGCAACUGUCACGAAGAAGGAAGGCCGAGGGGAAAGCAUCAUCUUACUUGUUUCUGCUUGUGACUUUGUCUGGCAUCAUGAAAUAUGUAGUUGGGAUGGAGGAGAGGAACAGGUGUGGGUGCACUUCCCCUACAAAAGCAUGCACACACACACACACACCUUUCCAAAGAGGAGUCUCCUUCUUCCAAUAGAUAUUCAUUGCUGUGUUGUUAAUGAACUGAUGUGCCUGCACAAUGCUAACAAGUAAAAGUCUCUUUUUGGCAGAGAUGUAAAUAAGAAGGCCUCCCUUGGGGCAGGGGAAGGUACGUGUAUAUCUUGCAUGUAUUCAUCUCUUCAGUUAUUGUUGUAGGUUCUAAGCAUUGCCUUUCUGCUGACAUUUCACCCUACUUGAAAAACACCAGGGUCAGUUUCUGUAAUGAUUCUGUAAUCAGGUGUGUGCUGUUCUGUAGCUCUCGUGCUUUGCUGCAGCAGAACACCCGAAAAAGGUUUGCAAGAGGCUGAUAAGGGCAAAAAAAAAAAAAAAAAACAGAGGCAUCAAAGUGGAUGAAGAACCCUGCUUCUCUCACAAAAAGAGCCUUGUUUGUUCAGCAGUUGCAGGAAGAUCUUUGGUGGUGUGAUGUGUGUUGGGCUAUUCAGACGCAGUGCCCCAGCUUGGGUUUGGUUCUAUUUACUUUUGCCAACAUAGCAUAUGCUACUUCUUCCUGAAAUAAUCUCUCAGCCAUUUCUUAUCUUCUCUUAUUCACUAUGACUUGAGAUAGUUCUUUUCAAAUCUCAACGUAUGGUCAGUCAAAAUCUUUUUAAUAAUUAAUUUCAGUAUUUUGGUGAAUAAAUUUCCUGAUGAAAACGACCUGUUUAGAACUGCUGCCAUACAAGGGAAAUACAGCACUUGGAAACCAGGCUCCUUUUUUUUUUUUUUUCUUUUCUGAAACGGUUUUGAAAGAAAACAAAGGCCUUUUAUUACGCUGUAGGUCAGCUGGUUUUCUAUGUACUGCAUGCAUAUACAACUGCAGAAAUGCAGAUUUUAAUGAGCUUGGUCGUGACACGUGGUGCUGCAUGAAUAAGAUCAGGCCUUUCAGUUCUAAACCCUUUUUGUUUGCUUGUUUCCUUUCCUUUUAAAAAAUUUAUUGAGAAAGUAGACGACAUGGCAGAGGGAUGGGAACAGAUGAAUUUUAAGGUCCCUUCCAGCCCAAGACAUUCUGUGACUCUAUUUCUCCUAUAAGAUGCUUUCUGUUGUUGUUUUGGGAUUGUUUGUUUGUUUGUUUUUGCUUGUUUAAAGUCCAAAUGCUCCCAACUUUUAUAAAUCAAGAUGUAACAAUGCAGUUACAUAGCUAAGACUGUGAGAAUGGUUUUCCCUCUAGCAUCUACACACCAGGCUGUGCAAACCUCCCGCGAGCUAACACACUUUAUUCUUGGUUCAGGGGGUCAAUAUACUACCAACGUGACAAGGGUUUUACAGUCUUUCACCUCUAGGUCAGCAGUCAGAGUUCUGCCAGGGUCUGCCACGUGCUGUUCCCAUUAAACAGCUCAUUCCCUUCUGAUUCACCAUGCCAGGUGUCCGUACCGUGCAGUAGGUGCAGUCAAUUCCUAACAGCCUCAGUAGGCAGCACAAAGCAGGGAAGUCUGCCCUCUCCUCAGUUCAGACUUUGUCUGAAAGCAGAAGCAUGGAAGGGAUAAGUCAGCAGCUCUCAGAAUCUCACUUCCCCAGAGUAUCUGCUGCACUGUAGUAGGGGAAUCAAUUUAUGCAUUUAUGUUACUAAGAAAUGUAAAUAUACCAAGCAUGGAGUUUUCUUAAUCUGUACAGACAUAAAUGCAUAUAUAUCAAUAACACUUCAAAACACAAGCUUUGAGUUAAAUAACUUUAUGAUAGUAUAAAUGAAAGCACCUUGAAAGUUUUUCUACCAAAUGCAAAACCGUAAUGGCCUUGUCAUGCUUCUUUUAAAGUAACAGCUUUUAUUUUUUAAUAAUUUAACCUUGUCUGCUAGAACAUGAAGUAUUUCUUAGAAAUAAAACGAUAAGAAUGAUGAAUGGCUAAGACACCUGUGGAAAUAUUUUUUUCCCAAGAAUAAACAGUUGUUUUAACUACCACGUUCCAGUUUAAUGUUGCUGUCUUAGUAAGUUAUACAAAGGCACCGUAAGCCUAUUUUAACCAGACUAAUCCCUCCAAUACCAGCUGUAUUCAAGACGAACGCCAUGACCUACCAGUUUUCAUGUAGAACCACAAGAGCAGUUUUCACUGACCUUUCUGAGCUACCCUGUUGACACGGCGAAGCUGUAUAUGUGUAUUAGCAUUUCAGGGCCCUUGGUUUACUGUAAAUAUGCUACAGAAGCAAGCAGAACUUAAUCACAGCUUUGCAUUACCGGGACCGUAUAAGACUGAUCAGCUGUUCUACAGGAUCCCUGCAACUUAUUCUAUGUCGCUGUUUUAUUUCCUUCCUUGGUAUAAAAUCUGUGGUGUGAAUUCACAGCCCACUGUGGUGCAGACAUAAAAUUGUACUUUUCCUGUAUUCCGUGCAGUACCAAGAGCCACUCAUGCAUGAACACGUUGGAAAAACUGGCACAGCCAUCCUGAGAAAGACAAACCUCUGCAACACUGAUUUUGAGAAAGUAGCUAUUAAGAUUUUGGACAAGACAAAACUAGACCAGAAGACUCAACGUUUGCUAUCUCGUGAGAUAUCCAGCAUGGAAAAACUCCACCACCCAAAUAUCAUCAGGCUGUAUGAAGUGGUGGAGACACUCUCAAAACUGCACCUGGUAAUGGAGUAUGCAGGAGGUGGGGAACUCUUCACUAAAAUCACUACAGAAGGAAAGCUAAUAGAAACAGACUGCAAAAUAAUCUUCUCCCAGAUUGUUUCUGCUGUGAAACACAUGCAUGAGAAUAAUAUCAUUCAUCGGGACUUGAAAGCAGAAAAUGUUUUCUACACCAGUAACACCUGCGUUAAGGUGGGAGACUUUGGAUUCAGCACAAUCAGUAAAAGAGAUGAAACUCUAAAUACUUUCUGUGGGUCUCCUCCUUAUGCUGCCCCUGAACUCUUCAGAGAUGAAAACUAUGUUGGCAUUUAUGUAGAUAUCUGGGCACUAGGAAUAUUGUUGUACUUUAUGAUAACGGGGAUCAUGCCAUUUCGGGCAGAUACGGUGGCCAAACUGAAAAAGUGCAUUCUUGAAGGGACAUACAGCUUGCCUCCCUGCCUCUCAGAAGCUUGCCAGAAACUGAUAAAAGGAGUCCUCCAGCCAGUACCAACGGAAAGAUACUCCGUCAAACUUAUUAUGAACAGUGAGUGGAUGCAGGGGAUACAGUACCCAAAACCUUUACAGCCAUUUAAACUGGAUCCUAAGUAUUUAUCAGAGAUCAGUACACUCAAAGAGGAGGAAAUCGAAGUGAAAAAUGCUCUGAAAGAUCUGGGAAUCACAGAAGAACACAUUAAAAACAACCAGGGAAGAGAUGCACGCAGCUCAAUAACAGGUGUCUACAGAAUUGUUUUACACAAAGUACAAAAGAAAAGGGCACUUGAAUGUGUCCCUAUAAUGUCCCAUCCAGACCCCAAGGAACAAGACAUAAAGAAAGGAAUCAGCUCUUGUAAUGGUGUGAAGCACACAUCCAAGCUGUGCUCUAUUUUGUAAACCACACUACAGGCUUUAUACUCAGCACACUUAACAAAGGGUUUUAUUCACUUUUCAAAGGUUUUGGUGUUGCACUUUUUGUAAUUUUUAAAUAAACCAAAUAUGCCUCAUCUCCUUUGCAUUUUUCAGCACACAUUUGGAGUGCUCAAAUGCAGAGCUCUAAUGUACUUGUUUGUCCCUUGCUCCAGAAACAUGGUAUAGCUAGUGCAAGAACUCAAGUAAAACAGUAAGAAAUUAUCAGCGGAAGUGAUCUUUUAACAAAGAUCAAAUGUUAUUGCACGUAGCACACCUUGGAGAUCUCUCAGUACAGCCAUGUAAUGGUUAACUGCUUGAUAAGUUUUACCUUAGCUUGACACAACUAUGACUGCAAACAGGACAGUUUUUGCAGAGAACUAAGUAAGUUCAAACAAAACAAACAAACAAAAAACAGGCUGCAAAUUCUUAAAAAUGUCUUAAGCAAAUUAAACUUGCUAAAAAAAAACACUCUAAUUACAUUUUAAUUAAAGAAAGAGCAGUGCUGUUGUUGACCACAGUUCUUGAUUUGUCACAAUUCAAAGGCAAAUUGGGAUAUGCUACUUUUACCCUGCAUGUGCAGUUGCAAUUUUUAGUGCCUAACCAGCUGGGUUACCAACCAUUAAUCUUCUGACACCUUCCACUAUUCGUAUGAUUCUCAGUCACUACACGCUUGGAAUAGAGCGGCACUCCAAUAAAGAAACAGAUAUAAGCAUACUCUUAAACUUUGAAUUCUUGCUUUAGCAUUAGAUAUCUCUAAGUAAAUUGCGUGCUGUCAAUACCAAAAUCUGGCUACAGGCAGUACUAUCCUUCUGUCAUGCUAUUUUGGCAAGAAGGCUGGUACAAAACUAAUUUUUAUGUUCUUGACCACUGCAAGCUAAAAGUUGGAUAACAGACAAUUCCAGUUUUUCUGAGUGUCACCAAGAUGUUGCCAUGUCCCACUCUACCUUCAUCUUUCAUGAGGUAAUUUAUACUUUAAUCAACCAGCCCAAAUGCAGUAGCGGAAAAAUGCAGUAGCUUUCCUCUGAGCAGGCACAACUGAAAUGCCUACACUAAGGCAGAGUCUGAAUGAUUUUAGUUAAGGAGAGUAAAUUAAUGAAGGGUUUAGAGAGGUACAGCCAGUGCUUUCAAAUACAAAAGCAGGAUGCCUUAUCUAUUAUGGGGACUGAUAAGAUGUUUCGUUGACCUUAAAAAAAAAGUGAGUAAUGUAAAUAAGCAACAGGAUGACUUUGAAAAACCACCUGUGGGAAACCAGGUUCAACCAGACUCAGCUAUGCACAAAGCAAGAACCAAUCCCCUUUCACAGUUUUUGUGAGAAGGAGAUAAAAUAAUACUCCCUUUCAAAAUACAGUAAUGAGAUUAAUUUUAUUUCAUAGGCUGUUAAUUUGAGACAGGCUGUGAAUGAAUUUCUCCACUAUGAACAGAUGCCACCUGAAAACAUUUAAGUUAUCUUGAAACAAAGCCUUGAAAUAAUGAUUUUCCACAAGCCCCAGCAAGUCUUUCUUUCCAUUUUUUUGUAAUGAAAUAUUAAAGAGAACGAUCCGGGAGGUCCACAAAGACUGUGACCCCAGAACUUCAAGUUUUCAUAAGGCCAGUUUCUUCUUUCUUGCCUGUUAAAGAAAAAUUGCAUCCUGAAAACCCAACAAGUCAGCGCUACUCCAGCAUGUUUCAAAUAACUCAAACUUUAUUUUAAUAAAGGAUCUGCCUCACAGUGAGGUCCCUGUGAUUAACUUUUUGUGCCAGUAGCAGCUCAAUCCUUGGCUUGUCCACUGCCAGCAAUGGACUUUUGUUCCAUGGCAUUUUUAUUUUCUGGUGUCGGGACAAGUUUCAUGAGGGCAACCUAAACCAAAAUACUUGCAAACACUAUUUUCAUGCAUCAUUGCUCCAUUACUUUUAGCAGAACAAACAGAUUAUUAUCCAUCAAAUUAUAAACAUCAAUUUUAUCAAGGCUUGACUGUACAAAUACAGCAAGUUACCAAAUCCUAGUAAGUGACAGAUAUUACAAACACUUUGUUACACAAAAAAAGAUUGUGAUUUAAACAGAUUUUUUUUUUUUGCUACUUUAUGAGAUAUGUAGCUCUGUAGAAUUAGCAAAGAAAUAAAGUUCAACAAAACUUCAUUCUGUACAUUAGCUCAAUUAAAUAUAUAUUACACGCUUACAAGGCUCAUGUCAUAGUUUAUUUCAAAUCUGGGCUUUAAAAAGCUACCAGAAUAUAAUCCCCAUAAGUAAUAUGUAUCUACUACUUGCAAGAUGGAUAGCUUUUAGCGUGCAUGUUCAGAAAAAAAAAAAGAAAGAAAAUACUCCACUUCUACAACAUCCCCAAUA